AUGGAAGGACGAUAUCCAUAUUAUUAUCCGCCCGGAUCUUUUCCUGUCGACUUCAGGUACUACAACCAUCCCCAGGUUCGACGAGACUUGCAACUGCCAGGGCCUAGCGGUGUUUUGGCAGUCGGAGACCCAGCUAGCCGAUCCAUCAGCCCAACAACAACAUCGAGCAAUAGCCCGAGUGGUUCGACCGACGGAACUGUGAACGAUGCCCUAGAUGUGGAAGCGGAAGAUGCUGCUCAGUCCAAUAGAAAGCAGUACGAUAAAUGGACAAACGAAGAGCAGAAAGCACUUAUAAACCUUUGGACUGAUCGACACGAGCGUUUGGAAAGCAAAGACGCGCGGAAGAUUUUGGAAGAAAUUGCGCGGGAGAUUAAUCGAAGGUUUGGUACCACUCGCUCUGGAGAGAAAUGCCAGAAGAAAAUAUCUCAUCGAGAGAUACAAAAAAAUACAGUCAUCAGACGGGUGGACACAGAUGGA